AGAUUAAGGCGAGAAGGUUAGUGGCGUGCGAAUGUCGAGAUGUGGUACGAGAUCCUGCCCGCUUUGACCGUCAUGUAUGUCUGUUUGUGUAUCCCUGGAUUCUCCACCACCAGGAUCCACAGAUACACGAAUGGGGGAAAGGAGAAGCGGACUGCUCUGAACACCUAUCAGUGGUAUCUGAUGGAAAGGGACAGGCAUGUUUCCCAAACCAAUCGCUACUAUGAAUCAAAGGGCUUGGAGAACAUUGACUGAACCCAUGACGUGAUAAGUUCUACCUGAACCAGCUUAAUAUCAAUAAACAUGAAUUUAACAA